ACACCUGUAAUCCCAGCACUUUGGGAGGUCAAGGCAGGCGGAUCACUAGGUCAAGAGAUUGAGACCAUCCUGGCCAACAUGGUGAAACCUCGUCUCUACUAAAAAUAGAAAAAUUAGCUGGUUAUGGUGGUGCGUGCCUGUAGUCCCAGCUACUCAGCAGGCUGAGGCAGGAGAAUCGCUUGAACCCAGUGGGCGGGGGUUGCAGUAAGCCGAGAUCGCGCCACUGCACUCCAGCCUGGUGACAGAGCGAGACUCCAUCUCAAAAAAAGAAAAAAAAAAGGAAUUUGGAUUCAGGGACUUUUCUCAGGUUUUGUUCAGCUCUUACCACUUUGUUCUCCUUCUACCUCUAAAUGCUAUAUGGAAAAAUAUGUAUUUUGGGAAUUAACGUGCUGUAUGUUUUGUCUUGAGGAUUUCACAGACGCUUGAGAGAAUAUUCUGUGUUUAUUAUAGAACUUGGGUUAGGAUUCGUUGAUUCACUUGUUUUACAGUCAGGACAUGAGUGGGGUGGAGGUCUUCAGAAAUUAAUGUCAUCUAUUGCCUACACUGAUGACAUGAUAGUAAGCAGAUCAAGUCUUGUAGCUAUGUUCUUGAAAGAAACUCUUCUAGGCCUCUAAAACUGGGCAAAACAUAUUGUGUUCUCUGUUCUGUUUCACAGAUUGCCUGGUUUUCUCUGGAAUUCUGUGCUUCAUGGCUUCUUUUCCCUUGAUAACAUGACACAUGACUGAUGACGUCAAAGAACCUUCUAGAUUUUCUCUUCUACUGGCACACCUUGGGCCCACCCCACCUCCACAUAGCCUUAAUUACAAAUCAGAGGACAGGCUUAGUGAGCAAGACUGGCCAGCAUAUUUCAAGGUCCCAUGUUGUGGGGUUGAUACAUCUCAAAUUGAGUCAGAAGAGGCAGAAGUGGAUGUGAGAGAAAGAGAGACACAGAGAGACAGAGAGCCAAAGAGGGCAAGAGACUUGACUUUAAGAGACUCCUGUACUGACAACUCCAUGCAGUUCGGAACCAGAACGACUACGGCUGAACCAGGGUUCAUGGGGACAUGGCAAAACGCUGAUACUAACCUCUUAUUCAGAAUGUCCCAACAGGUUCCAUUGGCAUGUACUGGCAGAGUGCUGGGGGCAGACUUCUGCCCAAACCUGGAGGAGCCAUACCACAGGCUGGAAGUCCAGGCCAUCCGUUGCACACUGGUAAACUGCACAUGUGAAUGUUUUCAGCCAGGGAAGAUUAACCUGAGGACUUGUGAUCAGUGUAAACAUGGCUGGGUGGCACAUGCCUUGGAUAAGCUCAGCACGCAGCACCUGUACCACCCCACCCAAGUGGAGAUUGUGCAGUCCAACGUCGUGUUUGACAUCAGCAGCCUGAUGCUCUAUGGGACACAAGCAGUGCCUGUGCGGCUAAAGAUCCUGCUGGACCGUCUCUUCAGCGUCCUGAAGCAAGAGGAGGUACUGCACAUACUGCACGGCCUUGGCUGGACUCUGCGGGACUAUGUCCGAGGAUACAUCCUUCAGGAUGCUGCUGGCAAGGUGCUGGACCGCUGGGCCAUCAUGUCUCGAGAAGAGGAAAUCAUCACCCUUCAGCAGUUUCUGCGGUUUGGAGAAACCAAAUCCAUUGUGGAGCUGAUGGCAAUUCAGGAGAAAGAAGGGCAGGCCGUGGCUGUACCAUCUUCAAAGACAGACUCAGAUAUAAGGACUUUCAUUGAGAGCAAUAAUCGCACCAGGAGUCCCAGCCUCCUUGCUCACUUAGAGAACAGCAAUCCUUCCAGCAUUCAUCACUUCGAAAACAUCCCAAACAGCCUUGCAUUUCUGCUUCCAUUCCAGUACAUAAACCCUGUCUCAGCGCCACUGCUAGGGUUGCCUCCAAAUGGGCUACUGUUAGAGCAGCCAGGGUUGAGGCUGCGGGAACCCAGCCUUUCAACUCAGAAUGAAUAUAAUGAGAGCAGCGAAUCCGAAGUUUCUCCCACACCUUAUAAGAAUGAUCAAACACCCAAUAGAAAUGCCCUGACCAGCAUUACUAAUGUGGAGCCCAAAACCGAGCCAGCCUGUGUCUCUCCCAUUCAGAAUUCUGCCCCAGUCAGUGAUCUAACCAAAACUGAACACCCAAAAAGCUCAUUCCGGAUUCAUCGGAUGAGAAGGAUGGGGUCAGCCUCUAGGAAAGGAAGAGUGUUCUGUAAUGCAUGUGGGAAGACAUUCUAUGACAAAGGUACUCUCAAAAUUCAUUACAAUGCUGUUCACCUGAAGAUCAAACAUCGAUGCACCAUUGAAGGUUGCAACAUGGUCUUUAGCUCCCUCCGAAGUCGUAAUCGCCACAGUGCAAACCCCAAUCCUCGCCUUCACAUGCCUAUGCUAAGGAAUAACCGAGAUAAAGAUUUAAUUCGGGCCACCUCAGGAGCUGCCACCCCUGUCAUAGCAAGUACAAAAUCAAAUCUGGCACUCACAAGCCCUGGCCGACCCCCAAUGGGUUUUACCACUCCCCCUCUAGACCCUGUCUUGCAAAAUCCUCUCCCUAGCCAGCUGGUAUUUUCUGGGCUAAAGACUGUACAACCAGUUCCUCCAUUUUAUAGAAGUUUACUCACUCCAGGGGAAAUGGUGAGUCCUCCAACCUCCCUCCCAACCAGUCCCAUCAUUCCAACCAGUGGUACCAUAGAGCAGCACCCCCCGCCACCCUCUGAGCCAGUAGUGCCAGCAGUGAUGAUGGCCACCCAUGAGCCCAGUGCUGACCUGGCACCCAAGAAAAAGCCCAGGAAGUCAAGCAUGCCUGUGAAGAUUGAGAAGGAAAUUAUUGAUACCGCCGAUGAGUUUGAUGAUGAAGAUGAUGACCCCAAUGAUGGUGGAGCUGUGGUCAAUGACAUGAGCCAUGACAAUCAUUGUCACUCCCAAGAGGAGAUGAGCCCAGGCAUGUCUGUGAAGGACUUUUCUAAGCAUAACAGGACCCGGUGCAUUUCAAGGACUGAAAUAAGGAGGGCCGACAGCAUGACUUCUGAAGACCAAGAACCUGAGCGGGACUAUGAGAACGAGUCUGAGUCUUCGGAGCCCAAACUGGGCGAGGAAUCCAUGGAAGGGGAUGAGCACAUUCACAGCGAAGUGAAUGAAAAAGUCCUGAUGAAUAGUGAGAGGCCUGAUGAGAACCACAGUGAGCCCUCUCACCAGGACGUCAUCAAGGUGAAGGAAGAAUUUACAGACCCCACUUACGACAUGUUUUACAUGAGCCAGUAUGGACUGUACAAUGGUGGGGGUGCCAGCAUGGCCGCCUUGCAUGAGAGCUUUACAUCGUCUCUGAAUUAUGGCAGCCCUCAAAAGUUCUCCCCAGAAGGUGACCUGUGUUCUAGCCCAGACCCCAAAAUCUGUUAUGUGUGCAAGAAGAGUUUCAAAAGCUCCUACAGUGUGAAACUUCACUACAGGAACGUUCACUUGAAAGAGAUGCACGUCUGCACAGUGGCUGGUUGCAAUGCUGCAUUCCCCUCUCGCCGAAGCCGAGACAGAAACAGAAAUUUACGGAUGGAAAGAACCAUAGGUCCAGGACAUCGAGACAGCCUGCAUCUCCGUAGACACAGUGCCAACAUAAACCUACAUCGUAAACUGUUGACCAAAGAACUCGAUGACAUGGGCCUGGACUCGUCGCAGCCCUCCCUUAGCAAGGACCUCCGCGAUGAAUUUUUGGUGAAGAUAUAUGGUGCCCAGCACCCCAUGGGGCUCGAUGUCAGGGAAGACGCCUCCUCUCCCGCAGGGACUGAAGACUCCCACCUGAACGGGUAUGGGAGAGGCAUGGCGGAGGACUACAUGGUCCUUGACUUGAGCACCACCUCCAGCCUCCAGUCCAGCAGCAGUAUCCAUUCCUCCAGAGAAUCCGACGCAGGCAGCGAUGAGGGGAUUCUUCUCGAUGACAUUGACGGGGCGAGUGACAGUGGGGAGUCGGCACACAAGGCCGAGGCCCCUGCCCUCCCUGGCAGCCUAGGGGCUGAAGUUUCAGGAUCUCUUAUGUUCAGCAGCUUGUCUGGGAGCAAUGGUGGGAUCAUGUGCAACAUUUGCCACAAAAUGUACAGCAACAAGGGGACCCUGAGAGUGCACUACAAAACUGUGCAUUUGAGAGAAAUGCACAAGUGCAAAGUCCCAGGUUGCAAUAUGAUGUUUUCCUCUGUACGAAGCCGAAAUCGGCACAGUCAGAACCCUAAUCUCCACAAAAACAUUCCCUUCACUUCAGUAGAUUAGUCUCAGAAUGGACACUACAAAUGCCAGCUCUCACCAGAUGGCCUACGUGUUUGAACUGCCAUAGUCAGUGUGCGCUUAUGUACUUGGGGUGUGUGUCUGUGUGUGUGUGUGUGUGUGUGUGCAUUUAUGUAUGCUCUGUGGCUACAUAUACACACACAUAUUUCCUUGAGAUAAACAAGAUAAACACUAGGUGCUUUUGAAUUUUUUUCACUUCCCUUUAUAGUUUUGGGAAAGGAGUGGGAUCUUUGAUUUCAGGGUGAAAACAGAGUACCCCUUUAAACACACACACACGCACACAUGCACAUACACACACACACACACAGUGUGCAACUAGCCCCAGUUUUGACAGAAUAAUUCUUGGUCUUCCCCAAAGAGACAAUUUGUUGUACCCAUGACUGUUGCCUGCAAAAAUAAAAGGGAAAAAAAAGAAAAAAGAAACAAAAAGGAACUUCUUAUAGUUGUCUUUUGUGAACUUUAAGGUUUUGAAAGAAUCUUCAAUUAAAGCAUGGCAGAUUCACCUGUAAAUAUUUAGCCUUGAGGGGCCAUUGAUGUAAAACAAUUGUAUUGAUGGUUGUUUAACUUUUUUGUUUAAUUUUUACAGUUACAUCCAGCUGUUAGAUAUGCAGGAAAAGAUAGUUUGCUGGCUAGCUCUAUUCAUUUAUGUUAGCAUUAAUGCACAUUUAAAAAAAAAAAAACAUGGUCUUGUUUUUACUACCUGUUAGAUAUAGUGCUAAAGAGGUGCUGGCAUGCUUUACAGCACAGAUCUGAUUUUUUAAAAUGUCCUGUACUAGUACAUAAAUCCCGUCAUGCACUUUUUUUCAUACACUACAAGGGGAUGUGUAAUAACCAUGCUUCUUUUUUAUCCUUAAACUAUUGCCAUACUUCAGUAAGUGUCUUUUUUAAAAAAAAUUCACUUGUAUAAAAAUGGUCUGGUCAGUAUAGGGCACAAAUGCCAAACAAAGUAUUAGUGUUAACACAAAACUGCCAACUUUGCACAAGUUUCCAGAAAAGAAAAUACAAUUAGUCACUCAACAUAACCACAGGCCAAUUUGUUGGCCACCAGAAAACCGCUUUUUAAAAAAACACUUGGUGAUUCUUUCAAGUGCCGAAUGUUAUUAGAAUCAACAUUGCAUCCUUCUUGCUUAUACGUUAAGUUACAUAAAAGGAAAACAAAAUUAUGUGGUGUGAAACAGCCAAGGCAUUUAUUCUUCAGAGGCAGGAUAAUAUUUCAGGAUACAAAAGCCCAAAUUACCCGCUACGGAACAAAGAUGAAUACAGCAAAAGAGUCGAACACUCAUUUCCAAGGCCCUAACCCUUAUCCUUUAAAAAGAAAUCCUCUGAACUGGGUCGGUCUGUUGUAUGGCUGUCUAAUUUGUUGCAAAUUCUGCAGUCGUACUAUAAUUCAGGCCUGUUUGGUAGACAAAAUCAAAAGGCAUUUAACAGCAGCAGUACUUGGAAGCUUUGAAAACAUGUGCUAAACUUGAAUGGAGCAACGCUCCUUUCUGAAAAGCCAGAAGAAGGGGGUUUUAAAGCAGGAUCUCUCAAUGUUUAGUGUUUUGUGUUUCCCCACACGAUUUGUCAGAGAGAAAUGAAAGCAAGCCUGAAACCAAGCAAUUGAGAGUGAGAAAGAGGAGAGAGACUAUUCUCCAAACCUUUUUUGUUUUGUUUUGUUUCCGAUGUUUACACAUGUUGCCUGAGCUGGUUAACCACAUCGGCAGCCUCAGCUACCACAACAUACUGACUAAAUGAUGAUAUUUACUCAAGUUCAGUCUGCAGCCAAAACCAUUAGGGUGUGCAUUGCAGACUGUUUUGUUGUCUUUUUUUUUUUUUUUUCCUUUAAGUGGAGGGGAAAAGAAGAGAUAAACAAGGAAUAUUUUUUCAAACAGUACACAAUAAUUUAAAGAGAAUGUAUUUCUUUUUUGCAUUUAAUGGCCUCAGACAUUUCUUUCAUCAGUCUAAAAGUUAGAAAUAUCCCUUUGUUUUAACUUUUAUGUCGUUUCCAUUUUUCAUGUUUUUGUAAUUAUUUUUUCUAUGUUCACAUCAGCAUUCACUUCCGUUAAAUUUGCCAAAGGAAACUGUUAAUAUGUUUCUGUUGUUAUUAUUCCUGUAGGAUUUAUUGUACCUCACAGUAUUUAUUGUUUCCCAAAAUAAGCAUCAUUAGUUGGGGAUUCAGUAUUUUUGUUUGUGAAAAUUUCAGAAACAAUAGAUUCUUAAAGAUAAGCUAGCUAUGUCUAGGAGCUUUAUCUUUUCACCUCCUUCAGAGGAUGCUAUGGGGUCCAUUUUAAUUCUUCCUUUGUUCUAUGGGGAGGAAAGACCAAAAGUAUUUGCAGUACAAAAGAAACUAUAUCAAACACUAUGUUAAAUGACAAGUGUUUAUGGUAAAAAGCUGAGGAAUUAGUAAUAACCGUUUUUGUUUUCUUGUACUUUGAAUUCCCCAAAGUCUUCAUUGCUUUAUUUUGGUGUUGUGUUAAAUUGAACAGACAGAUGUUUUCCUUUGUUUUAUAUCAUAUAAGACUCUGUACAGUAUGUUUGUGAAAGAUUGAACUAGAAUAAUGAAAGUUUGUUUGCAAACA